GUUCCUUCUGGAGUUCAAGUAGAGUAGUCUUCUUCUCCCUUAGGGCGACCUUUUUGCGCGAAACCGUUCCGAGGCAAGGCCGUGGACCUGGUCACCAAAGGGUCCUUCAUUUGCUUCCCAGAAAGCCGCGGUCUGCUGGCCUGCUGCUGGACCGAUCUGCAAGCCCACCUCCAGAGACCAUACCUCACAUCCUGCAGUCCAAUCCUGCAGCCUUAACCACCUAAAUUAACUAGCUAUUUAGACCUACUUAUCUUUAACAGACGAAUUUUCUAACUAAACCCAGAAUAAUUUUCUAACCUUGCCAUAGGAACUGCGUGCUACAGACGAAAAAUUGAAGGCAGCGAAGUCAAUCACGCUGGCGCGAGCGUCUGUUGGUGGGGGGUGAAUGAAGCUCCACACUUGGGAGAAUGGGUGGGACUGAGCUUAGAGGCUCGGCUCAACGAUACAGGGCGAACAAGGCUGGCACACAAACGCGGAAAGAUGUGGGCUGCGAAGCGCGCGAGAUAUAGAAAAGAAAUUCCUCCACGUGGUUACAGUCAAUAUUGCCGCCUUCCGCUGAAGCGUGUGGAGAGCAAAGAUUCCUCGAAUGUGUACCGUGUAAAAGGGACGACGCUGCUAUUAGAUGACGUCAAAAACGCCGGGCACAUUUCCCGGGAUGUCGCGUCUGCUGCCUUCUUUAUUGUCGCUAGACCCGGGCAAGCCCGUCGAAUUUGGCCCAUUUUUGAAUCUUUUAUGGAGGUGUAGAUGAUAGGCCACGCUCGCAGGUGUUGCGAGCUCCGGUCUUCUUCCCAUUUGUAAGCACCACUUGAUGCAUAUUGAGAGAAAAACAGCAUUCGCGUUCAAAUCUCAAUUUUUUUUUCCAGUGGGGUAACGCGUGCAAGAUCCUGCGCGCGCAAUGAUGGGCCAUGUAGCUAGUGAAAGCAUGGGCCCGAAGAGUCCCCACACAGGACCACACGCCGCGCAACACCUCAAACCGGGCGCCACCACUUGCCCACAGGUGAAUGGCCCACAAAUGCCACAAAUGCCGGACAGGCGCGCCGAUUGGUUGUGGCUUGUCUUGCAACCGCGUGGCAGAACCAAAUGGCGAGCAAACUGAGGGUCGCCCCGUCAUCCCUCGCAUGUGGUUCGGCUCAUCGCCUGCCGCUCCUCAAGAGUUGGGGCAGCCCUCUGCGGCCCGUUGUCUAAGCUAGCGCGCUGCGUGCCGCAGGUGGUAGCUGCCGUACCUAAAAACAAAAAAACUUUUGACUUUUGAACGCGAGCGCUCUUUUUCUUUUGAUAAUGCAGCCGACUGAAGUUGGUGGCUUAAGGUUUGGGCUUCUGGUUAUUGGUCGCGCCGUUGGCAAGUUGUGCCCCUUUCGUCAGUGUCUGGCCGCGUCGUCCGAGGGUGCGCCCCUUUGUUUGCAAAUGACGCCGCAGCGAAGACAGGGGGCGCCGUCUCUCGGAGAGUCAUACCUACCUACGGAGCAAGUGUGUCGCCUUUUUUUUCCCGGAGGCAGGGUGUGCCAGUCUUCGUUCGUAUUGUUGUGUGCAAUACGCCUCGCCUUUUGCCAACAAAGCUGGCCGACCAGUCAGAUCUUGCGCCAACACGUCGGGCCGUGCUUCCAGAGCGUGUUGGCCCCUAGGUGUGGUGUUUCCGCCAUAUAAUCACCCAGCUCGGCGAUGGCCACCGGUGUCGGCGUUCGUUCGCGUUGGGUGUGGCAAGAAGCAAGACACCUGCGCAGCGGCUUGCGCGUUGGUAGCAUCUGAAAACACCACCUGGCGAGACGUGGCUCCUUUCGAUCGGGAGCCGUGUGCUUGCUGCGGAGCUGCGCCUCUGGAGUGGGGGGUGCCUACUCACCACCGUGCCCAUCGCUGGGCCCGUGUUGCGCUGCGUGUGUCGCAUUGUCAUAGCAGGUGGGCAGCUUCCUCGCCGUUUGUAAUGUGUGGCGCCGUCGGUCUUCUCUGGUGCCAAUCAGUGGGAGGCGCUUGCCGCUAUUGGGGCCAUUUGGAUGGUUGGAAAAAUGUGAAGAGAAGGCCCCGCGAGAUGAAGCCGGGAGUCCAUGGAAAAACCACCAUGGCCAUUAGCAGCCGACGCAGUCUCAUCCUACCGAGAAGAGGACUGAAGCCAAGCUCCGCACUUGUGUGUGGGGUCUCUGUGCCAUGUAUUCGGGUGUGGGGUGUCGUCUCUACCCGUUGGCCAGCAGUCGCCGCACACCUCCGCAGGUGCGGUGGCAUCGGGUGCAAUGGGUUCCAAAUAGGGGCAGCCCACGUCCCUGGGGGUGGCCGAGGCGCUCAGCACUAUGGCUGACCCGCUUUGUCAUGAGACUGGCCCGGGCCAGUUAAAGACUCGGGGGAUUCCACUGGCAGAAAAUGAAGGGGGAAGCAGCGGGGCAAGUGAUUGGGACGCAGGGUGUGUGGUUGUUUCUUUGCUAAGCUCUUCUGGGUCGUUAGGGUCGUGGGGUGUGCUGUCUGUUCAUAACCGGAAGAGAUUCUGAACAGACGCCAGGCCGCCGCUUGUUCUUUUUUCCAACUAUGGCGCGCCACUCUUAUUGGGGGUCUUCGUAGUUCUCCUUGUGUGUUUGCAGCUUCAGCACUUGACGGGCGGAGCGUGUCCCCCAUGCAUUAAGACGCCUGCUGCGUACCGCACUGCACAGAAAAAACCAACUCCAGUCGCAGCCUGACAUGCGUGAAUGGCUUUUGCUUUCAUUUGUUUUGUGGCGAAGAAGCUGCCGUCUUUCUACAGCGCGUCGCUCGUCCUUCAACAGAUGAUGAAGAGCCAGGGCGCCGCCACGGCUCCAGAAUAUGUGGGGCAUUGGGACUUUAUAGAGAAAUUACUCGACGAAGGCAGGAGGGCAACAUCGGCAACAUCCAACGCGACGGCAAUUGACACAGUCUGUUUUGAUGCUCUUGCGCGGAAAAUUUAUCCGUCGCCGCCGAGCGCAGCUUGGCGACCUCUAUUUCUCAGCGCAGCCGCGCACGUUUUGGGGUGCCCAAGGCUGACAAUUGUGCCAGGCUCCAUCAUCGUGGAAACCAGAGCAAGCGCGAACACGCGUCGGCUUGCAAACGCCGACGACUUCGAACGAUUUCUGCGCGCUCAUCCUAUAUCGUUGGGCAGAGAAAUUCUGGUCAUCGAUGCCGCAAAAACAUCGACUGCUGAGAUGGUGUGUAUGACAAUGGCCGCAGGCUAUGUCGUGGCCACACAUGGGGCGUUCGUUGAAGCGGCAGCGUCGUUCAUGUCUCGGGGCUGCGUGCUCGUGGAAUACGUGCAUACGAGCAGGGCCGCACACUUUGGCUCCAGCGCUGUGUCGUAUGUGCAUUGGAUGGCCAAACACCUUUCGAUCGGUGUGCGAGAGGUUCGCUAUCCAUUAGACGACGCAGCAGCUUCUUUCUUUGACUCUGUCCGUCAGAUUGGAGAGCACAAUGAGCGGGCCCUCAAGCCUGGAAAGCCCGCCAAAUUUGAGAGCAUGACGAGCUCGCCCUAUUGGCGAGCCCAUGAGGCAAAAAUAAGCGACCGUGUGAACUUCACGUGGGAUGAGGCCCGCGACUGGGCCCCAUUAAUCCCAGAUGGAGUCGGCCUUUCAGCCUUUCCGGCCUUUCGCCACCUUGUUACCUAGUCACGCACUGUCUCUGAAGUCUUCAGGAAAUCUCAGCCCGAACACAAGCGCCCAGCCAGAGCGCGUUCGUGAUGAUCGCCACACAACAUGGACAAAGCCGAUGAGACCUGAUUGGCGAAGAAGUCCCCGCUCAAAAUUUGACAAAAAGACUCGCUGUGUGUCCCUUUCCAGAUCCCCACGCGUCUUCUCUAGUUUGAAACGACGAAAAAAGUCGAGAAAGGUUGGGCGCUUUGUGAUAGAUUUGCCAGGAAAUUAUUGAUAAGCAGCACUGACUGCGGCGGCCUUGCGUUCUUGUGGCCGAUUUCUCAGGGUUGGGCGAUGGGUGGCCUCUUUGUUCGUUUCUUGCUCUUGCUAUUGAAAUGCCCCCUG